AUGCAGGAGUCACAACCACCACAAAAUCACCACCAACUGGGCCGACCACCACCAAAAAACCAGAUUCCUGCCCACCCAAUUCUCACUACGACCCCUGUGGUCCCACCUGUCCUCCCACCUGUGAUAACCCAAAACCGAAUUGUACAGCAAGUUGCGUGGCCGGCUGUUUCUGUGACCCUGGCUUCUUCCAAAAUGGACAAGCAUGUGUUCCUCAGGAGCAAUGUGGUUGUAACUACGGAGCCUGGAGAAGUCAUCUGGUCAGAUGCCUGUACGUCUGUUUGCCAUUGUCUUGGAAACUUCAGCAUUCGCUGCACCAACACGAGCUGCGCCCCAGAUGAAUACUGUGGAGACAAAGAUGGAGUCUAUGGAUGUCACCUCAAAGGGUCAUCCACAUGUACAGCAUCUGGGGAUCCCCACUACACCUCCUUUGAUAAGAAGAAGUUUAAUUUCCAUGGAAACUGUACGUACGUCAUGUCCCAGACCUGCAACUCCACGCAAACUCCAUUCUCUGUGUACGCAUCCAAUGAGCACAGGAACGGGAAAAAAACUGUGUCGUACGUGAAAGCCGUCUAUGUGCAGGUGUACGGGAUCACAGUGUCCAUACUCAAGAAGAAAGUUGUCCAGGUGAACGGAAAAACUGUGACUGUCCCAAUCAACCCGGUCCGUGAGGUCACCAUCAAACCAUCUGGCAAACAUGUCGUCGUACAGACUGACUUUGGUCUGAUCGUUAGAUACGAUGGCAAACAUCAUAUGGACAUCAAGGUUCCCAGCAACUACGCUGACGAGCUGUGUGGCCUGUGCGGUGACUACAAUGGAAGCCCCAGUGAUGACUUCAGGACUCCUGAGGGAAAGCUGGUGAAGGGCGUCAAUGACUUUGGGAACAGCUGGAACGUGGACGACAAGUAA